AUGGAUGAAGAACCGUCAGCGAAGCGCAUGAAAAACUCUGACGAGUUUCCGAAUCUUCGUUCGGAAGUUGCCGGUCCUGUGAAGGAAAAACUGAUGGAACUGGACGCGGUGCAACAUCAACUCGACGUGAUGAGCGAGAAAGCGGCUGAAGAGAUUCUGAAGGUCGAGCAGACUUUCAACAAGAAACGGCUGCCGAUCUACGAGAAGCGGAAGCGUCUGACGACCAAAAUAGACAACUUCUGGCAGACGGCCUUCCUCAACCAUCAUCUUCUUUCGACGGCCAUUCCGGAGGAGCAGGAAGAUCUUCUCGGAGCUCUCCGCGAUCUCGAAGUUCAGGAGUUCGACGACCUUCGCAGCGGCUUCAAGAUCAUAAUGACGUUCGAUAAGAAUCCGUACUUUGAGAAUGAGGUUAUCACCAAAUCUUACCAUUUGCAAUCCGAGUCGCCGAGUACCGAAAUUACCGAGAUUGAAUGGAAAACUAACAGAAGACCGGUGGCGGUAAGCACUAAGAACUCGUUUGGCAUGUACUGAAACUUUUUCAGAAGAUGGAUGACGGCGACACGUCGAUCACGUUCCUUGAAUGGCUCACUUACACUGCUCCACCAGACAGUGACGAAAUCGCGGAAGUGAUCAAGGACGAUCUGUACAUCAAUCCGCUUCAGUACUACGUGAUGCCGGACAUGCAGGAGCUCGAGGAGGACGACAUCGAGGGUUUCCUGGCCGAAGAGCGCGGUAUCGAGGAGGGGAAUAUCAAGAGAGUGAGCGAAUUGAAUGAGAUGAUGUAGGACUAAUUUAAACAUUUUCAGAAUAGCCGUCCACUCCGUCAGCUGAACCAGACUGUUGACAAUACGAUCGCAUCCGAUGGAGAAGAGCCGACCGAGGUCGACGAGAUUAUGGAAGAUGGAGAAGGAGGGGAGGAGAACGAAGAGGAAGGGGAAGAGGAGGAAGAAGCGGAAGAAGCGGAAGAAGCGGAAGAAGCGGAAGAUGAAGAGGAAGAAGCUGGCGGUGACGGCGACGUUGAAGAGGAAGAGGCGCAAGAGGGAGAGGGAGAAGAAGAAGUAGAAGACGUCGAAGAGGUCAAAGAGGUCGAAGAGACCGAAGUGAUCGAAGGAGCGGAAAAAGCUGAAGCCGGAGAGGAAGAGACUGCCGAGGUGAAGGAAGAGCCGAAGUCUGAGAUCAAGGAAGAGUGA